CUGCAGCUUCGACAUCAACGCGAAUUGGGGGUUUUUGCUGCGCGACACGCAAUUCCGCACACACAGCCGCCAUCAUGAUCCUCAGACGCCCUCUCCUCAAUGCGACCUCCGCAGUGUCAGCAUCCAAGACAUGCGUGCGGAAUCUCCAGCACUCAAUCCCUAUGCGCCCUGUCCCGAAGCCAAUACCAUUCAUUCCCGACCAUACCGCUUUUCUCAGCGCAAUCGGUCGCGGCCUCUCCGCACACGCAACCAAGAUACCGUCCUGGGAAGCCCUCUUCACACUCACAUCACCGCAACUGAAGGAACUUGGUGUAGAGCCAGCACGCUCAAGACGCUACCUGUUACAGUGGCGAGAGAAGUACAGGAAUGGUGAAUAUGGCAUCGGAGGCGACUGCAAGCACGUUACAGAUGGAGUGGCAGAACUCAAGGUUGUAGAAGCACCAGUACCGCCAAAUCCACAACUCGGCAACACCAUAAGUCCUCGCUCUGCGGCUGCAACAGCCACACAUGACCCAGGAACGAGGAAACUGGUUGUCAAUGUACCAGUCGGCGCCGAAGCGCCAGUCGAACCCGUUGAGACAUUACCCAAGGUACAAGGCGUUAUUGUAAAGGACGCCAAGACGAUCAAGGGCAGCUUUGUGGAGCCAGUCAAGGGAAGUGGAGGUCUACGAGCACGGAUACGACUGCAAGAGGGCAUCUGGGAAGUAAGGAGGGGACACAAGGUCGAUGGUGGAGAGAGAAGAAAGGCAGAAGUACGAGCCAAGAGAAGGGCGGCGGAAAACAAGGAGAAGCGGGGUUGAUAUGGUAUGAGAAUGUGAGCGAGUAAAUACCGAUUCUUGUACAAUGAGUAUUAUUAAAUGUGAAACUACAUGUUCCAUGUCAGAGGCCGUCGACGGCAGUUCAGGUACUCCAUGACCUGUACAACCACGGCCCUGAUAGUCCUAACUCACAUCGU